GCUUGUGGGGUUUAUCUAGGUUAAUGGAUUUUUGAUUUAAUUAAGAAAUCUUGAAUUUUUAUCUUAUACUUGUAUUCUUUUUGCUUUUGGGUACUGAGGAAAUUGACCUUUUUUUUUUAAUUUUUGCUUGUGGGGUUUCUUGACUUUGAGCUCAGAAAGCAAUGGCAACAACUCAGCUGACAGCAUCAUCAUCUAUAUCUGCUAAGGGGUUUGCUUCCUUUGAAGGGCUUAGGUCCACAAGUAAUGUAAAGAUUGCAUCUUUUGGUCAUUUGAAGCAGAAUAUGAUGUCUUUUCAUGGACUUGUUGUUAAGGCUGCAACUGUUGUGGCCCCUAAGUACACUUCAAUUAAACCUUUGAGCGAUAGAGUUCUGGUGAAGAUUAAGACUGCAGAGGAGAAGACUGUUGGUGGUAUCCUACUUCCAACAACGGCACAGUCAAAUCCACAAGGAGGUGAGAUUGUAGCUGUUGGAGAGGGUCGUUUAAUUGGGAAGAGUAAAGUGGAAAUUAGUGUGAAGACUGGUACUCAAGUGUUGUACUCAAAAUACACGGGAACCGAAGUGCAGUUUGAUGGAUCAAAGCACCUGAUCUUGAAAGAAGAUGACAUUGUUGGUAUUCUUGAAACAGAAGACAUGAAAGACCUGCAGCCCUUGAAUGACAGAGUUCUAAUCAAGGUGGCCGAGGCUGAGGAAAAAACUGCUGGAGGAUUGUUUUUGAGUGAGUCCUCAAAGGAGAAACCUUCAAUUGGCACGGUAGUAGCCGUUGGUCCCGGUCCUCUUGAUGAGGAAGGAAACAGGAAAUCACUUUCAGUAUCUCCUGGAAAUAUAGUAUUGUAUUCCAAAUAUGCUGGCAAUGACUUCAAAGGAGCUGAUGGUUCUGACUUUAUCACAUUGAGGGCAUCUGAUAUAAUGGCUGUGCUUUCAUAGAUGCAUUAUCAGUUUAUUCAUUCUCAUAUCCGAUGAAGAAGAAUUGGAGAGAGCUAAUUAGACAGAACAUGACACAUCUUCCGACUCAUCGAGGGUCAUGACCCUUGGUAGGAGAUUAUAGAGGUCAAGGAUUAGGAUAAAAUGUUAGUAGGUAGUCAAGCGAUUUCUCUUUUUCGUGGGGAGAGCAUGGUUUUAGUUCAGAGUACCUUAUGGAUCUCCUCCCCCCUUCUCCUUUUCUGUAUUAUUCUAUUUCUCUUUAAUUCUUCAUUUUUGUCAGUACUGUUGUUUCUUUUUCUUUGGUUACCUUACUAUUUUUGUUGUCAAUAUUUUCCAUUUCCUAGUA